AUGGACGACGAGUCGGCCACGCAAGCGCAGCCGUCAUUCAAGCAGAAAGUGAAGGAAGAGGAGGUGAAGGAGGAGGUGGAGGAGGACGCCAUUAAGGAUGAAGCCACUGAGGAGGAGGAGGAGGGCGAUGAAUCCAAGGAUGGCAUGGCGGACGGUGGCGACAGCAGCCAGCCAGCAACGCAGCCACUGGCUCACAAGGCGGUGAAGGAGGAACAAGGCAACGAAACGAAGGACACACGACAUUAUCAGUAUUCACAGCGGCAACUGCAGCAUUUGGAGCAUCAGCCGUUGGAGGAUGGAGGGGAGCGCGCACCAGUACAGCCGGGCCGAUUGGAUGUGACUGGGCUGAAUGAGCAGCAGUGUGAGGCGGUGUGCUCGACGGCGCCGGCGCUGCUGGUUCUGGCGGGACCAGGGUCCGGCAAGACGCGCGUCAUCACCAGCCGCGUGGCGUGGCUGCUCGUGAACGACACUUGCUCGCCGCACGGCGUGGUGCUGGUGACGUUCACCAACAAGGCUGCCAACGAGAUGCGCACGCGCGUGGAGACGCUGGUUGGCCGCGAGAAAGCGGCCGCCCUGCACAUGGGCACCUUCCACUCCAUUGCCAACAAGUUUCUGCGCAAGCACGCGGCCAAGGUGGGCCUGCCCUCCAACUACACCAUCAUCGACCAAAGCGACGCCCAGCGCGUCGUGGAGAAGCUCAUGAAGAGUCACAAGGAUGCACGGCAGUUUGAAACGCUCAAGCCCCGCACCUUGCUGGGCUGGAUCUCUUGGGCCAAGAACCUCGGCAAGACCCCAAAGGAGCUCAACACCAUGGCACAGAGCGCCCCAUUUCCAGACAGCAGCAAGACGACUGCGACGUUCCUACAGCCGUAUCAGCGGCACUUGCAGAACCACGGCUUUGUUGACUUUGAUGAUUUGCUCAUCAAGUUCAACCAACUGCUUGAAGACCACCCACAUGUAACCCGCUUCUGCCAACACAUUCUCAUCGACGAGUUUCAGGACACGAACGUCGUGCAGUACUCCAUUGCCACGAAAUUGGCCGCCAACGCAAAUAUCACCGUCGUUGGGGAUCCAAACCAAUCCAUCUACAGCUGGCGGCAGGCGCAGGCGGACGGGUACCGCAAGUUCAAGCGGGACUUUGCUGGGUGUCAGGUUGUUGGACUUGGCCGCAACUACCGCUCCACAGAGGCCAUUGUCCAACUGAGCUCGCUCUGCCUCGCCUCCCAGCGCGACACCAAGUUCUGGACAUCAAACGGCGGGGGGCCACCCGUCGUCUUUGCCACAUACAACUCUCCGAUGCACGAAGCACGCUCCAUCGCCAAGGAAACGGCGCGGGUGUUGCAGUCUGCAAAAGGAGCCAUCACCUUCAGCAACAUUGCCGUGUUGGUGCGAACCAACGCCAUGACCCGAAGCCUCGAACAGGCGUUCACGCACGUGGGCAUCCCGUAUGUGAUUGUGGGCGGCCUGAAGUUCUUUGACCGCGCGGAGGUGCGCGACUGCAUGGCCUACCUCAAGCUUGUGCACAACCUGCACGACGACAUCUCCCUUGCCCGCAUCAUCAACACCCCAAAGCGCGGCGCAGGCCCAAAGCUGAUGGAGGCCUUGGAGGCAAACGCCCUGCGCAACCACUGCUCCCUGUGGGACGCCCUCACCAAAGGCCUGCAGGCGAAGCGAGGCGCGCCCGACAGGAUAAAGUGCCCGCGGCCAACGCGUGCUGCGCUGGGGUCGCUGGUGGCGCUGAUCAGGAAGCACCAACAGGGGGACCACUCGGCCACACACGUGCUGCUGGACAUUCUCAAGCAGGUGCAGUACAAGGAGCACCUGGAGAGCACGGACAAAGCUACCGCCGCGUCCAAGUGGGAGAACGUGCAGGAGUUGCUCGCCCUCACCCGCGAAUUUGAACACGAAUCGCACAGCGGCAACCCCAACGAUGGUGGCGACGGCGCCGGUGCCGGUGGUGGCGACGGUGACGAUGACGAUGGUGUGAAGGCGGAGGAGGAGGAGGAGCAGCAGCAGCGAGGAGAAGACGACAACUUGAAGCAACAACAGCAGCAACGUGACGAUGACGCAAGUGACACCGAUGACGAUGACGAUGACGACGAUGACGAUGAUGACGACGACGAUGGUGACAUGUCGAAGCUGAGCAGUUUCAUUGAGCACGUGUCGCUGUAUGCGAGCUCGGACAAGCUGGAGCGAAACCAGAGCAGGCAGGACUGCGUGACGCUGAGUACGAUCCACUCUGCCAAGGGCCGGGAGUGGGCGGUGGUGUUUGUUCCUGGCGUGGAGGAUGGCGUGCUGCCGCACUCGCAUGCGCUUGAUGAAGUGCAGAAGAAGGGCGACAGCAGCCGGCUCAAGGAGGAGCGCCGCCUCCUCUAUGUUGCGCUGACGCGGGCCAAGUACUACUUGCACAUGUCGCGGUGCCUGUGGAGGGGCGGGGCGUACGGCUACAGCAGCGAAAACGAAGUGAGCCGCUUCAUCUCCAAGCGCAUGUUCGAGCUCGUCAAGCCGUCUGUGUCCGACCGCACGCUUGCGUGCACGGUGGGCAUCCUGAAGGCGCUGGUACAGCCGCGGUGCGAAGUGGAUGCUGCGGCGACGCUCAAGGCCGCGCGCGCCAUCCAAAAGAAGGCGGACGCUGCUCUGGCAGCGGCCCAGGCGAGGGGCGGUGGCGAUGACGAUGGCGAUGAUGGUGCUGGCAGUGGCGGCGAUGCUGGCUAUGGCAGUGGUAGUGGGAGGUUUUCGUUUCUGCAGCGGUCAUCCUCCAGCCCAUCGCACGCGUCGAAGCGGCGUGCGCGGUUCCAGGCGUCCGGCAGCCGGGGCACCAAAGGCGGCUGGAGCCUGUCUGCCGCCCAGCAAUCGUCGUCGUCUUCCUUCUCGAGGGCGUAUUCGCCAACCGCGUCCAUCAUGACCGCCACCCCGGCCUUUACAUCGGCAUCUUCGUUCCUGGCUGAACAGCAGCAGCACCAACAGCAGCAGCAGCAGCACCAACAGCAGCGACAAAAGGCAACAAAUGCGACAUCAUCAAAGGGAGCGGCGGCACCAACAAAGCAGGCCAGGCCGUCCCUUUCUUCCUCCGUCUCCGCGCCUGCUGCUGACGGCGCCAGCGCGUCCUGGCUCUCCAUCAACCCGGCGGCAGGGUUUCAGACCGCCGCGCAGUUUAUGCAGACGUCCUCGUUUGGCGGCGGGCAGAUGCCCUCGUAUCAAGGCACCGUCUUUGGAAACACGGCGGCAGCACCAGAACCUUCUGCAUCCACAGCCAGCAGCCGAGGCACGGGACGAGGCAGAGGCAGGGGCAAAACGGGCAGGGGUAACACGGCCAGGGGCAAGGCCGCAGCACAACAGAAGCGGGGUGGACGCGACAUCAAGCAGGAAGCGGCUGCCGACCCGAACGCCACCUCGUCAAAUCCCGGCACCACCGCCAGCAAGAAGCCAAAGACGGAGGCACAGCCGAGGCAGAAGCCAACAACAAAGAGGAAACCCACAACAAGGAAGAAGUGCACCAGCAAGAUGCCCGACGCCCUCAAGCGUCUCAUGAAGCAGCAGCCAGCCAAGAAGCAGGAGCUCAUUGUCAUUGACUGACUGAUGUCACACGCGUGCGUGCUUGUUGUGUCAGCUUGUUGUAUCAGUGAGGGUUUGCACCGCCAUGACCUGCGAUGUAGACGAAGUACAUACGGUAGUAGAUGAUCAC